GGUGAGGUGCACGCAUGAGCUCGAGCUCCCUCCUCUUCCUCCUCGCGGCAGGAUAUGGAAGGUCACCACCGGAAGAAGGUCGCAGUCAUUACAUUCAAAAUGGCGGCCCCCUUGUGUCAGUGUUACCAGAUAUGUGUCAGAAGAGGUUUGGUGGCAUUCCCUUUCUCUUACCUGCCUCUGCACAACAGACCCGAUGUCUACAGGAUACGUGGGUUCCUCACAUGCUCUUCACAGGUGCCUCAGUCACUUCUGCAGGUACGGUAUUUGUCGGGGGAGAGAGGCGGUGGCAGAAAAGGUUUCCUGGGUGAAUUCUUGGACAACCUGAAGCAGGAGCUAAAUAAAAAUAAGGAAAUGAAAGAAAACAUCAAGAAGUUCAGGGAAGAAGCCAAGAAACUGGAGGAGUCAGAUGCACUGAAACAAGCUCGAAGGAAAUAUAAAACUAUAGAGUCUGAAACAGUGAAGACCUCCGAGGUUCUCAAAAAGAAGUUGGGAAACCUCUCUGAAACAGUUAAAGAGGGGCUGGAGGAGGUCAGUCGUACAGAAAUUGGAAAGAAAAUCAAGGAGGGAAUGGAGGAAGCAGCCAAAACAGCUAAGACCUCAGCAGAGAGUGUCUCUAAGAGUGGAGAGAUGUUGGGGAAGACCGGCGCCUUCAAAGCGAUAUCACAGGGCAUGGAGAGUGUGAAGAAAGAGAUUGGGGACCUGGGUCACACUGGCCCUUAUCGGCCUCCUUCCAGACUCAGGAAGAGGAGUGAGUUCUCUUCUAAGGGCGCAGGGGAUGACAGCAAGGUUUUCGAAGCAAAUGAGGAAGCUAUGGGUGUGGUGCUCCACAAAGACUCAAAAUGGUACCAACAGUGGAAGGACUUCAAAGACAACAAUGUGGUCUUUAACAGGUUUUUUGAGAUGAAGAUGAAGUACGAUGAGAGUGACAAUGCCCUCAUCAGAGCGUCUCGUGCUGUCACAGACAAGAUGACUGACCUCAUAGGUGGGCUGUUUUCCAAGACAGAGAUGUCUGAAGUACUGACAGAGAUUUUGAAGGCGGACCCGUCUUUUGACAAAGAUUCUUUCCUCAAGCAGUGUGAACGAGAUAUCAUCCCCAACAUACUGGAGGCGAUGAUCAGAGGCGAGCUGGAGGUACUGAAGGACUGGUGUUACGAAGCGACAUACAGCCAGCUGGCACACCCAAUUCAGCAAGCCAAGGCCAUGGGACUUCAGUUCCACUCUAAGAUCCUGGACAUUGACAGUAUUGAUCUGGCGAUGGGAAAGAUGAUGGACCAGGGUCCAGUGCUGAUUAUCACCUUCCAGGCUCAGUUAGUCAUGGUAAUCCGAAACACCAAAGGAGAGGUGGUGGAGGGGGACCCCGAAAAAGUGAUCAGGAUGAUGUAUGUGUGGGCUCUGUGUCGAGACCAGGAGGAGCUCAACCCAUAUGCUGCCUGGAGACUACUGGACAUCUCUGCCUCUAGCACCGAACAGAUCCUCUAAGACUCUUUGAUAUGCACAAAACACUCUCUCAGCCCGGGAGAGAACAUGUUGUACCUGAACAGGCCCUGGAACUGGCUGGAAAGAAAGUGGGUGGGGAGAAAUUAUGUGUGGAGAUGAUGGGACAGACAAGCGGGACCUGGGCUCACUUGUCACACUGUGGAGUAGUGUUGCUAAAUGCCGUCUGCUUCACUUUCUUUCUUUUACCACACUGGCUGAAACCUGGCAGGUAUUUCUAACCGUUCCUCUGGCACACACUAGAGGGCGGUAGACUGCCGCACGUCUGUCCAUCGAUUGAAACUGUAUGUUGGGUAAAUGAAGUUAGGUAACUUAGGUGAAACUCUUUAAUUAUGAAUUUGAGAAAAAAAAUCAAGGGAGCUGAUUUGUAAUCGAGGUCCUGAACAUCAGGUUGGUGUCAAUCUCAACAAUCUCAGCCGUCUCUGCCACCUUCAUCUGUCCCAACAGUCCCUUAUUCUCUCUUUCUUACUCUCUGAGGUGUUGUUGUAUUGGUGGAUGGUGGCUUUGUGGCCAAUCAGUGCUCUCCUAGAGUGCUCGUUUGUAUGAUAAUCCUCCAAUGUAAUUGUUAAAGUCUAUAUUUAUUAUGGAAAAUAAAGAUGACCCCUGUUUUUCACACUAGCAGAUAUUUUUGAAUAUGAAUUCCUAUCUAAUAUUUUUUACCUUACCCUGCCAACGAUUACACUUCUCCUCUGAUCUGGAUGAUGUCAUGUGAUUCAUUUUAGGGCAGUUGCUAAUUAUUUUUUUAAUUAAAGCCUCAAGUGGGAUUUCAGUGUUUGCUGUAAUAUUUCCUUUGGGAAGAAUUGCUGCCUCCACAGUGUAUUUCCAGAGCAGGGCUAGAGCACUCAUUUGCUGUGAGUGAAAUUUAGCUGCCUAUGUAAACCAGAUUGUAGUGAACACGACCAUUUUGGCUGCUUUCUUGGUCUGGGAGACACGCAGGAACACACAGGAUCAUUUAUCUCGGUGUACUUUCAGCUUUCACUCCUGACAUUAACGUCAUGUGCCAUCGUACACUUUUUGUUCGCAGCUUUCAGAUGACAAAUCCUAUGACCUUCAGUGUUAUGGAGGGAUUAUAAGUCACUGCUACAUAUGUUCAAUGUGCCAUGUCGAUGCCCUAGGCACCAGAGCCAUAUGGCCUAGAGUCAACAACCCAAACAUACUCUCAUGGAGAAAAGAAAACGGAGUAUGCAAAGACUAACUGGCAGCCGUUUCAUCAGAUCUCAACAAUAAUCUCUCAAAUUUGUCAUCACAUGAUGGGGAUAGAGGUCGCCACUGCACACUGCAUACCAGCAGAAGAUCAGCUCUGCUGGCUUUGUGGGCAAAUUCUACUACAACCCCUUUUUGUGAAAACCUUCAUUGACAAGUCAUUUAGAUUCAAAACAAAGACAAUUAUCCCUCAUUAUAAGUAUCUUAUGUAUGGAUUUAUUGGUGUUAGUUUUGUGUUGGUAUCCGGUUUACAAUUGAUUUUAUGUAAGGUCAAAGAAUGUAGGUUUCAAACAAGGCUAUGACACAUUGUGCUUUCUUCUCGUCAUCCAUAGCUGCAUUUUGCCCAUUUCCACUCUGUACGAUGUCACCACCUCAAUUAAAAUAUCUGAAUUGCUAUAA